GCAACCAACAUGGCCGCUCCCAUACAACGUUUCGCCGGUGAGGGCAUUCUCACUUCCGCUUCCGGUAUCAACACUGCGACACAGGCGAUGCCGAUGAUGAACAAUGCCAGCAUUGCAGUUCCUCCUAUCAUCCCACCUGCAGACUUGUUUUUACCAUACGUCGACCAGCAAAUACUCAAUCAACUAGCAAACCGGGAUAUUGCGGUUUCAACGACUGGCACCUCAGGCAGACAGGGUCCCAACCAAAACUCCGGACCUGUGCACCCUCUUAACGGCUCCGAUGUGCGACGUAGUCCCGUCAACCUCACACAACAAGCCUGCCACUACAUCAACCUGAGCAUUGCACCAGGUACACGACGGACAUAUCAUGCGGGACAAACUCGCUAUCUUCUCUUCUGUCGCAUGUAUGGAAUGAAUCCUUAUCCACUAACGCAACGCUCAACGAUUCUGUUUAUGACACAUCUCGCAACAUCGUCACUCACCUAUGGCACGCUAAAAGUUUACCUCGCAGCUAUCAUCCGUGCACACAUCGAAGCUGGCUUCACCUCAUCAAUACGCGACGACCUCCUGCUUCACUUCACUAUGCAAGGCAUUAAAAGACAUCACGGCAUGCCAAAUCGUGUAAAACUCCCAAUCACCAUUGCACUAAUGCGAAUGCUUAAGAACACCGUCGCAAACCAUCCCACUAUUUGAAACCAUGACAAAGCUAUGUUGUGGUCUGCCUUUACACUGGCGUUCUUCGGCUUCUUGAGAGUCAGCGAAUUUGUCGCACCCGCGUCAAUGACCUUCGAUCCACAACGCACUUUACUGACGGCAGACAUCACGUGCAACACAGACCUCGUCAUUGCGCUCAAGGCGUCUAAGACAGACCCAUUCCGCCGGGGAUGUAACAUCAUCAUCGCACCCUCACAGUCAUCGGUCUGCGCUGUGCAGGCAUACCAGGCGUACAAAGCACUACAUAGUUCCGUCGCUCGCCUACCCGCAUUUCAGUUCGCCAACAGUAAUUUCCUCACGCGGCAAGCUGUUAGCAACCACAUUCGAGACCUUCUCACUCGCGCAUCUGUACCAGAUGUUAACCGUUACACUACUCACAGUUUCCGCAGUGGUGCAGCCACGACAGCUGCCGACGCAAAUCUUCCGGACUGGUUGAUCAAGGCACUGGGCAGGUGGCGCAGCGACACCUACCAGACGUACAUUCGCACACCCCCCAGCAUCAUCCGCUCAGUUCCGGGUCACUUGUCACUUGCUCUUCCUUAACUGUAAUUUCGACAUUUGUUUUGAGAUUUCAUUUCGUUUUCGUUACAUGUAUUUGCAGUGUAUUUAGUUUAAUGUUUUAUCGGUCUAACCAUGCUUUGUUUUAUCUUAUCGCGAUAGACUUUGUAACACAUCAUCCUGCCUUUAAAUUUGGGGGUUUCCACCACAGACCAAGCAGACUCUACACGGGUACCCACGCUGUCCAUCCCCCUGGGGUUGUGAGUCUAUCUGCAGGCUCCCGCCAGGGGGACGCCAGCCAUGACGCCCGCCUGUACAGUCUCUGCUGGUGGAAGGUUGCAACCAGGUACCACGCGCUCGGCGUCAUGAUGCAAUUCACAGGCGAGUCGCAUCAUGGAGCUGUUCGCUGCGACGCCUGCGUCUGCAAUUCGCUCCCCCUUCCACUUUUGCCAAAA